UAGAAAUUUGAAGUCUUUAUUAUUCUGUAUCUCUCCAUCAUUGUUAUUAUUAUUAUUAUUAAUCAAUGAGCAGUUGGAGCUCACCUUUUAGCAGUCGGGCGUCAGGUGGCCGGAGUACACCGGGCCGACCGCCGGCUUCCUCAUCCAGUACUUCUGUUUAUUCCUCUAAUUCUAUUAUUUCCUCUUCUCAUUCUAAGAAGUCAAAUUUCACCAAAAACACCGUCAAGAAUGCUGCCAUCACCUUCGCCGGAGCUUUUACAAACUGUUUCACGGCAGAAAAAAACUCCAAAGAUUUCGAUGAUUCCAAUGAUUUCGGACCACCCCCUUCUGUGAAAUCAGAUAGUACCUCGGGCAGAUCGCGACGUCGUGGAAUUUACUCUAGUUCAAAUGAAUCUACACAUACCCGAGAGGCAGGGAGUGUAAAAUUCACUAUGACCGAAAUACAAAAGGCUACUAGGAAUUUCUCACCGUCGCUCAAAAUUGGACAAGGCGGGUUUGGUAUGGUAUACAAGGGACAACUUGCCGAUGGGACCAUUGUUGCAGUUAAACGAGCUAAAAAGGUUUCAUAUGACAAUCAUUUAAGUGUCGAAUUUCAAAGCGAGAUUCAAACACUUUCGAGUAUAGAACAUCUCAAUUUAGUGAAGUGUUACGGUUACUUAGAACAUGAAGAUGAAAACGAAAGGAUUAUUGUCAUGGAAUAUGUCUCAAAUGGUACCCUUCGAGAGCACUUAGACUGUAUUCAGAAGGGCGUUCUCGACCUUAAUGCACGUCUCGAUAUUUGCACAGAUGUUGCCCAUGCCAUUACCUAUUUGCAUACUUACACCGAUCAUCCUAUAAUUCAUAGAGAUAUCAAGUCUUCUAACAUCCUUCUUAACGAAAAUCUUCGGGCUAAGGUGUCUGAUUUCGGGUUUGCUCGACUAGCAGCCGAUCGUGAUUCAUGUAUGACUCAUGUGUCUACUCAAGUAAAAGGGACAGCGGGUUACCUUGACCCAGAGUACCUAAGAACCUAUCAGCUUACCGAGAAGAGCGACGUUUAUUCGUUUGGAGUGUUACUUGUUGAAAUUAUGACAGGUAGACGUCCUAUUGAAUCAAAACGGGAAUUUAGGGAACGCGUAACAACUAGAUGGGCAAUGAAGAAGCUUACCGAUGGGGAUGCAAUUGUGACAUUGGACCCAAACCUUGAAAAGAAUGUUGUUAACAAUUUUGCGAUUGAAAAGAUAUUCGAGUUGGCUCUUUUAUGCCUCGCGAACACCAGGCGACACAGGCCGACCAUGCAAAGAUGCGUGGAAAUACUCUGGAAUAUAAGACGAGAUUCGAGGGCACUAGCAUCAUCUUCCACUAUUGUAAAAUAAAAAUAAUAUUGUUUGUGGAGUAAAAUUAUAUUCACAAUAUUUAGUUUGAGAUGUUAAAAAAAUUUAAUAUUUUUAGAGCU